AUGGGUGACAAGCAGAGCAAGACACCCGCUAUCCUCUAUGCAGACCUCAUGUCUCCAUCGUUCCGCCAAUUCCACAAGACAGUCAGUUUGACCGCCAGGGCUGGAAAGACAUCAUACAGAGUGAGAUACAGACCUUCUCUCAGCAUACCACGCUUCCCGCUCGCUGUCAGUGGAUACGGUAUUGCGCUUGACCUGAAGCGAACCGACUACAUUGUCAUCGACGAUCGCAAAGCUGAGGACUCGGAUGAUAUAAACGUUGAGGCCUCCGGUGCCAAGUUGGCAGAUGAGGAUGUGGCAGACCUCAAGCCGCUGUCCUCUAAAGAACUGCUGAGACUGGACAUGAAAGCGUCUAGCUUCGUCAUGGACAGUGCAGAUCCCUUCGAUACCUUGUUGAAACUCACUCAGGACUUCCCGAAGCACUCAGCAGCCAUGUCUACUCAUGAAGUGUCCGAGCAGUUUAGGAAGGAGCAUCUGGCUAACCGUGAAGUUUUCCUGCCAUCAGGAUACAACGUCAUUUGGGUGAACGGUCUUCAAAUUCUGGCUCGUGAUCUUGAUGCUUACGCUAUGCUUGAGCAUAUGCGCCGUGAGCGUAAGCUGAUCAACAGUGCUGGCGAACUUGGCUUGACCGGGAAGGAGGCCGUGCAACUCCUGUCACACUCUUCUAUCUCUGAAGCUGCUUCGACCCAAGAGCCGCAGCGUUAUGACUGGAGAGAUGAGCUUGAAGGUGGCAAAGUCAUCAUCUGGAUGAAUGAUAUCGAGCAUGACAAGCGGUAUGCGGAAUGGCCAGAUCAAGUCCGAGCAGUAAGUCAUGUCUCGUAG